AUGGCCACUCCAACCUCAGCUGCCCCUGCGCCUUGGCGUCAAUUCCCCUUCUUCGAGCCGGUGCCGAUCAAGGACGUGAACGACCUGGAUAGUCCACCUGCAGUCUUCAAGGUGCGCGGCUUCACAAUGGCCACCCCCCAUGAACUGUCUACAAUAGUCUCCUCUACUGCCGGACUGCUCGUCGCAGACAUCCAUGGCAGUGUUCACGCCCUCAACCAAGACUUCGAGUCGUACAUGAGCUGGGUCGCGCACACCAGCGGACGCGUUACGCAUAUGGUCGAGCGGAAGGGCGUGCUGGUCACUCUUGGGGAAGAAGAUUCCGUACGCGCUCCCCUCCUCAAGAUCUGGGACCUGCAGAACACGGACAAGCGCACAGGCGCCCCCAUCCUUCUUCGCUCCACCAAAGUGAACGUCGGCAACCGCAUGCAUCCCAUAUCUACAGUUGCCCUGACCGCCUCCCUAUCCCACCUCGCAAUCGGCCUCGGCGAUGGGACUGUCCUCCUGUAUCGCCAUCUCGACCAGUCCCUCGCAUCGUCUGCAUCUCUCACCUCCGUACCGAAGCCCAAAACGGUCCACGAGUCACCCGCCGAACCGGUCACUGGGUUGGGCUUCGCAGAACCGACGGAUGAACACCCGCAGACGCACCUUUUCGUCGCGACGACCAACCGCGUACUCGCGUAUCAGGUAUCCGGGCGCGGAAGUGGGGGUCCCGCGACGGUGGUGAAUGAGAUCGGGUGCGGGCUUGGGUGCACGACUAUGGACCGAGCAGCGCGCGACCUCGUCAUCGCGAGGGACGAGGCCAUCUAUGUCUGCGGAACCGAAGGAAGAGGAAGCUCAUACGCCCUCGAGGGGCGGAAGCUGUCCCUCGGCGCCCAUGGCGGAUACCUCGUCAUCGUAUCACCCCCAUUCUCCCCGUCCGCCUCUGCCCCCUCGGCAACUGUACGCAACUUCUACGCGCGAAAUGCCGCUGCGGGAGAAACGGACGUUACUAAGGUCACCUUGUUCGACGCUGAGAACAAGGUCGUUGGCUUCUCGCAGGCCUUCCCUCAGGGCGUUCGGGAAGUUUUCUCAGCAUGGGCCAACGUCUAUGUGCUCGGCAAUGACGGCUCGGUCACACAUCUCGAGGAGAAGUCAACGUCCGAAAAGCUCGACAUGCUGUAUCGACGCGGCUACUACCCUCUAGCUUUGGGCAUUGCCAAGACGCAGCAACUCGACGACGCCAGCAUCGCAGACAUCCAUCUGAAGACCGCCGAUGCGUUGUACAACAAGAAGAACUACGACGACGCGCUCACGCACUAUGUGCAGACCAUCGGCCACGUACAGCCCAGCUAUGUCAUUCGCAGGCUCCUCGACGCCCAGCGCAUUCACAAUCUCGUAACCUACUUACAAGAGCUGCACUCUCAUGGUCUAGCCAACGCCGACCACACGACCUUGCUGCUGAACACCUACACCAAACUCAAGGAUGUCGCGCGCUUGGACAGCUUCAUCAAGACCGAGUCGCGCCGGAAUGCAGAGGACUCGGACGAGUUGCCGUUCGAUCUGGAGACUGCGAUUCGCGUCUGCCGGCAGGCAGGGUACUUCGAGCACGCAUCGUACUUGGCGAAGAAGUACGACCGGCAUGAGGACUACUUGCGGAUACAGGUCGAGGACGCGGCGAACUAUCGGGAGGCGCUGCAGCAUUUGAGGAAGUUGGGCGCGGACGCAGCGGAGAGCAACCUCGCGCGGUAUGGGCGUGCUCUGCUGGCGAACUUGCCGGACGAGACGACCAAGCUGUUGAUUGACCUGUGCACCGGCAUCGACACGCGGCUGGACGAUACCGAAGAGAACUCGCCGUCGUCUAUCAAGGCGCCCGCGCCAUCAUAUCUCUCCUACCUCGCGCUCAAGCGCGAUAGUGUGCUCCCGCCGUCUCCGGAGUCUACCGUAGCACCGACGCCCUCCGUAAAGACCGCAAGGCCGGGCGAUUCCUUCUCCAGGCAAGGCUCUUACCAUGGCCGCUCCCAAUCGCAGGCAUCGACGCGCACCUCGACGCCACCGCCGGCGCCUCCCAAGCCCUCUCUGCCACCUAGCGUCAAGCGUAUCUCUCCGCGACUCUACUUCGCCCACUUCGUCGAUCAUAUGGAGCAGUUCGUCGUGUUCUUGGAGACGGUGGCUCUGCGGCGAUGGGGACAGACGGUCGAUCCGGACCAGUCGCCACCCUCCUUAUCCCCCGAGCCACCCGCGGAUGAACAAGCAGACCAUCGGGAUCAGGUCGCGGUGUGGAACACUCUCCUUGAGCUUUACCUUACGCUUUCCGGGACGGGUGUUGGUGGGACCAGCGAGGGCGCGGACUCGUCUGAGAGGCAACAAGCUCUGCGCGAUAAGGCACUCCGCUUGCUCAAGAGCGAGACCAUACCGUACGACUCCACGCACGCCCUCAUCCUUUGCUCGAGCAGAGGCCACACGGAGGGCCUGGUACUCCUCUGGGAACGCGCGGGCAUGUACGAGGACGUGCUGCGGUUCUGGAUGGACCGCGACGCGAUGGACGCCCCCGGGGCGUCCGCCGAAGUCGUGCGCUGCCUGCAGCAGUACGGCCCGGCGCAUCCGCACCUAUAUCCACUCGUCCUGCGCUUCCUGACGAGCGCCCCCGCGCUGCUAAGUCGGCACGAGACAGACGUGCGCGACAUAAUUGAGCGGAUCGACGCAGAGGGUGUGUUGCCGCCGCUUGGCGUGGUGCAGAUCUUGAGUCGGAACGGGGUGGCCAGCGUAGGGUUGGUGAAGGAGUGGCUGAUGGGGAAAAUUAAGGAUGCGAGGGGCGAAAUUGAGACGGACAAGGAAUGGAUCAACUCAUACAGGCUCGAGACGGCGACGAAGCUUCGUCAAGUCGAAGAUCUCUCGGACCCGGAGCAUCCUCAAAUAUUCCAUGUCACGACGCGGCGCUGUACUCAGUGCAGCGGGCAGCUCGACUUGCCUAGUGUGCACUUCAUGUGCAACCAUAGCUAUCACCAAAGAUGCCUUCCCGAGAACGAGACUGAAUGCCCGGCAUGCGCGCGGGAACACGGCGUCAUCCGGGAGAUUCGAAGGAACAACGAGCGGCUGGCUGACCAGCACGAUGUAUUCCUGUCGGAGGUCGUCGAAGGAGGGUUUGACGCGAUCGCUUCGGGAUUCAGUAGGGGUGUAUUGAAUAUGCCCCGCGUCAACGAGGCCGUGGCUGGUUGA